AAGGAAACAUUGCUGGCUGACUCAGCCAAAGUGUCACAAAUUAUCGAUCUUGAAGCUGCCGCCGUACUAUCAUGAUGACGGUUCUCAUUCACCUUGCAUGCUGCCACCAUAUGGAACGCUGGUAGAUCCAAUCAAUUGCGAAAAUUGUUCCAUCGAUGCUCUGCAGAUGCCAAACUCCGUGUUGUCCGGUGGCACGAGGUGGUAGCGGCAUUAAAGGUUUUACGAAAAGAACACUCGGGAAGGCACUUUGGACAUAAUAGUAUUUGGCCUAGACUCUCAGCAAAGGAUCUGUCCGGACAGGCGCCAGACUGGUUUUUUGUUGAAGUAUUCGCCACUCCCAUCUCAACUUGAACAACCAUGCCAAGUCUUAAGAACAAAAACAAGGCUAUAACAAAUGGCAAGACGAAAUAUCUGAACGCCUCAUCCAAUCAGUCAAAGGAUUCAGCCACAAUCUCAUGUUUGACCUUGGAGGAUGAAACGACACGUUGCAACCAGCCAGCAACAGAAGGCUUCCCGCACCCUGAGCGCCGCUGCAAGGUCCACCAAGCCCAGUACCUCACGAUGUACAAGAAGUACAUGAAUGCUUCCAAGGACGUUGACAACAUCAGAUCUGGGGGAGAGAUUCCGACGAAGGAGCAAAUUCAGCUUUACACAGAUCUGCACGCGACGCUUGAGAAAGCUUGUUGGGUACGCAAGUAUCUCGAGAGUAUUCGCGUGGAGAGGACUGGUAGAAAUAUCCACCAAAGGCGCUUCUUCUUAAAAGUUGAUUAUGGACACAAGAUUCGUUUGGAGGUCCUCGCUAAGGAAAUGGCGAAAGCUGUCGAGAUACUCAACAGUCUUCAAGCUCGGGUGUUGGAUCUUCGCACUGCUAACAAUGUUGGUUGCGACUGGAUGAAACCGGUUCGACUUUUACCAAGCACAUUCGGUGACGCGAAAAGAGUAUUUGCAGUUGCAAUCAUCGAGGCAGCUCGACAAACAAUUCCAAGCCAUGGAUCGGAGACAUCUGCGCGGACUCUUUCUACGCCAGCGGAUGUGGAUCUAAUUGAUCUGGAGCACCGAGCACAAAAGGCUCGGCGACUGCAUGCUUUCGAAAUAUUCACGGGGCUUGGAUCACAAGUCCUUCAUGACAAAACGGGUUUGAACACCUCUGAUCCAACCCUUCGAUCUGUGUUAUCUGUUAUGCAGAAUAUCUUCCAACAGUACGCACGGCGGAUCAUUCUUCACGAACCAGAUCUCUUCUUCAAGUCCCUUGACAAGGUCUCCUUCACGGAUCUCAUCCUGGACGAUGAUUUCUCUGAUGAGGACAUGGCUAAAUUUGUACUCCUAUUUCAACAGACGUUAGGUUUGGGAUUGGAGUUGUUCAAAGAUGCAGUACUUGAUGCCCUUGUGAUGUCGAAGGGUGGCACCGCCGAUAAUGCCGAUGAUCUGAGUCGCCGACACCAGGUGCUUGGGGGAUGGAUCUAUGAUUGUGCCUACACGCACACAAUCCCUAAUGAAGCUUGGUGGCACAUACUCCAGUGCCUGAAGCCGCCUGCCAACGUCGAGAAUCAGUUUGUACGUCUAUGCAACAAUUUCGACGACAUAAUCAAUUUUCUGUCAUUUGGAGCAAUUGGAAUGAUACCACCUCCGACGUUCUGCAGCACAUGGAACAACGGGAUUGAUGCUGUUGCAUACCGAAAUCAUCUUUCUCUCUCUGGGGUCGUUGUUGCCGACAUGGUGUCAUAUUCGAAGCCUCCCUAUAUGACUGGCUCUAUGGCCACCCGACAUCGAGGCAGGACGCCAGGAUGCAUCGUCUGGGUUGAGAUAGAAAUGAGGGGAUAUAUGUUCGGCGCUCUCAGAAAUGAAUCUGACGCAUUCAAUGAUGCUUUCCUUCGAGAGCUUUCUGCGCGACCCGAUCUCUUUCAGGUGAUAACACGGUCUGAGACGGAUCCAGGGCGAGAGAUUGAAGUUUUCGGUGCUGGUCCCGCAGGCGUCUUGCCAGCGAUACGGCAUCGGGAAUUUGAAGCUCCCCUAGCUCCCUUUGCACAUCGUCCAACAGGAUCUGGCGAAUGGGUGGUCACAAGGUCCGCACUAGAUAUUUUGUACGGCACCCACGUUAAGAUGCCACGCGGACCUAAACGACCAUUCCCUGGAUAUCUCCGGACGAUGGGCAGUGGACAAAGUCCUGGCUGGUUCUUCCGCUUCAAGAAGUUCCCAGUGAAGUACAUCGUGAUCCUGGAUACGGUUCCGAAUCGGGACCAUUCAAUCCUUGCUAAGAAUGUCGCAUGGGCGGCGCUUUGUGCGCGGGGGUAUGGAGAAGGUGGGAUUGGGACGUGGAAGUAUGCGAGAGCCUCAGACAAGCUUUUUCAAAAGCGGGCGGAAGAACUUCAUGCAUGGAUGCCAGAAGGCUGGGGUGGUUGGCAGGCUACCAUGAAGAAGCUUAAGGAGUCUCGUUAUCUUGUUCACCUUCGAAAGUACAAGUUACUGAUACUUCUCGGCUUCUGCAUCUUAUGGUACUUUCGCUCAUCGAUCCUCCGGUACCGUAUUGGCUAAUCGUUACCGUUGGUACUUACAUAGUUGCAUCUCUCCCGGCUAUCUCAUCAGCUGUAUCAUGUACGUUUAUAGUCAUCCAGCCAAAAAUCUCCAGAC